UCCCGGGACGAGGCACGGCGAGAAUCGAGACUCACGCAUUCGAUGUCGCCUUUUUUGAAAAAUGGCGGGCUCGGAUCGGCGUUCCGUAACAAACAAUGUCUCCUGCUUGUCAGCCGGGAGUCUUGAGCAAGACAGGACCGAGGAGUUCCCCGCGGAAUCGGGCUGUGUCUUCUCAUUUUCCCAAUCAAGCUCACGCCGAGACGAAAGCAGAAGACUUGGUGGCUUGCGUGUGAUCAAUAAGCUCUGUGAUAUCGACGGCGUCUGCAGAUGAAACGGAGGGAAAUGGAGGGAGAAAUGACUCUGAAACUUGUGUGAAGGUUUGCGGGUUGCAGAAUAGCUGGUGGGGAAACUCAGCUCUCGCGGAGGAGCAGACCCGACUCCGCAUGAACAGGAAGAAAGCCAAUCACGGAAUGGGAUCGCGGCAUCCUCGCAGAGAAAUCGAAAGCUUGAGAAAACGUUGAAUAACAUCGUCAUAGGAGAGCUCGCGAGCUGUGAAGAUGAGGCUUCUGGAGCUGGGAGAACUCUGUCGAUGGAUCAAUUUCACCCCAGUUGAACUGUCCCUGUUGAUGUCAGCGACUUUGAUCUUCUCGUUCUUGGCUGCCCUUAAAUUAGAUGGAAUCAUCAACCCGUCCUGGUGGAGUCUCUUCGCUGUGUAUUUCGUUGCGGAUGGAAUGCUAUGCUACUUCGCAUUGAUUGUUUUCAUACGGCUGUGUUUCGUCGGCCAAUGCAAGAUUGCGGCCAUCCGCGCGCUCUGGAGUUUCUUCCAGCUGCUCGCGCUCCUCGCUUUGAAACAGCUGCUCUGCUCAAAAUACGAUUCUCACAAACAGCUGACUUACUCCGAGGUUUUCACUCCUCUUUAUGGGAUACUUGUAAUCCUUAUGAUCCGAGCGUGUCAGAUGCGAUAGUAUUGCGAGAUCUGACGGCGGAUCUGGCACCCGUGCGGCACCUCGAAACGGCUCGAGUUCUGGCUGUAUAUUCACACCGAGCCGCAGCUAGGAUGGAGAUUAGCUAUCGUCAUACGGUUUCCCAUCAAAAUCAUGGAUAUCCUUGCAAUAAAAUCAAAGAUCCACGGGGAA